AUGGCGACUGGCUCCGCAACGCCUGGCGCACCGCCGCCGCCCACAGGCCCGCCGACACAGAAAGUCGGCGACGUCCUAUCGAGCUUCCGGCCUGCCAGACGCUUCAAACCAGGCGGCGCCGCUACCAGCAUCACCUCGCUCGACUUCGACGACACAGGCGAGCUCGCCAUUGUGGCCCGCGACGACGACACCCUGCAGAUCUACAACUGCAAAGAGGGCAAGCACGCCAAAGAGCUCAAGUCGCAAAAGUACGGCGUGCAUCUGGCCCGCUUCUCCCACCACGCGCAGAGCAUCAUCUACGCAAGCACAAAGGUCGACGACACCCUGCGCUUCCUCUCCACCCACGACAACUCGUACAUCCGCUACUUCAAGGGCCACGAGGACACCGUCACUUCCAUCUCGCUCUGUCCCUCGUCCGACACGUUCCUCUCCUGCUCCGCAGACAACACCGUGCGCCUGUGGAACCUCCAGUCGCCGAACCACGUGGGCCGAUUGAACCUCCACAAGCCCUACCUCGCGACCUACGACCCCUCUGCCACCGUCAUCGCCAUUGCCUCGGCCGCCACCCAGUCCAUACUUCUCUACGACGUGCGCAACUACGACAAGCCGCCCUUUGCAAGCUGGGAUCUGCUGGAGCUCGAGCAGCGAUUCCUCGGCGGCAACAAGGGCGAGUGGACAAAGAUCGACUUCACAAACGAUGGAAAGAGCCUGAUUGUGGCCACCAACGGCAGCGGCCACUUCGUGCUCGACGCCUUCUCGGGCGAAAUCACACACUUCUGCUAUCGCAAGGCUGGCUCCUCCGGGCGACUCGCACCCGGCGCGUCGAAUCCAGGCCAUGGCUCUCACAGGUCCAAUGGCAGCACGCCUGCUGCUGGCCAGGGCGAUGUAUGUGUCACGCCAGAUGGUCAAUUCCUGGUGGGCGGCAGCGCAGAAGAGGGGCUCUUGGUCUGGGACAUCUCGAAACCACCGACGCCCAACAACGUACUCGAGCCUACGGAGAGGCUGCCUGGGCAUGGAAAAGCGGCUGUCGUAGGCUACAACCCGAGGACAAAUCUGCUCGCUACUGCGGACAGGGAUCUGUUCCUCUGGCAGCCAGAUCCAGACCUGAUGAUUUGA